CGGACACUUUCAGCCGCUGGACCCGGAAGCGUGCAUGUGCGACAUUGAAGAGCAGUGAUGUACAGAAGAGUAGUUUUUUCUCUUCAUCAGGGCAGAAGAGCGUUAAAUCAUGCUCAUAAACCUAGACUGUGUCCUUCAAAAUGCACGGACAGAGCUUCUGCUUCCGGGUUGAGGGCUCCCUAUCUAGUGAACCACAGGGUCUUUGGAACGAGUGGAGCACGUCUCAGUGAGCAGAAGAAAGAUGGAGAGAGGACUGAGGAGCUGUGGCUGGAGUCUAGGACGGAAGACGGUGUUGAGAAAAACGAGUGUGAGGUGAAGAGUGAUGGACCCUCGGUGAAGGCGGCGUGUGAAGAAGCAGCAGGCAGAAAAGAGACCAGGCCCGUGGCUAAAAGUCAGAACACAAAGUCAAAGCAGAAGCCGGAGGAGAAGACGGGAAAACAGGGUCUCCUGGAGCUGCUGGGGGCCAUGAAGGUGGACACCACGACCAAGACCAAGCUGAAAUCCCUCAAGAAGGGGCCAAGUGGACAGGAGAGUGUACAGAAGCCGAAGAGGGUGAUGAUGAAGAGCACGAGCAGCAUGUUUCAGCAAGCUACAUCACCACCACAGAGUGAGUCUCUGAGUCCUGAGCUGGUUGCUGCUGUCUCUGCCGCUGCGUCCACGCUUCCCGAUCGCUCCCGAGCUGAAUCCGAACUCCUGAAGCAGCUCCGUAAACACGAGGCCGUGUGUGAGGAGAAGAGACCAGUGGAGACCCAGAACAUCGGGAACAUCAUCGCUGAGAUGAAAGUGGGGAAGAAGCCGGUUGGCAGGUUGAACAGCUGGCCGGCCAAUCAGAUUCGGUUUGAUGAUGAUGGGCGGGGCUACACACACGACCGCGGCAUCACGGGAGAGCUGGCUGAAAUUCGCAGGAGGAAUUCUGCUUUUACUGCAAAGAGGCUGAAUAUCUUCAGCGCUGCGGAUCAGGACACACAAACCGAUUUGACUCUAGGCCCCUCCCUCUGGGACGCUGAUUUAGCCAAUCAGAUCGCCCGGGCAGUGAAUCAGAGACCUCGUAACGGGUUCGAGGAAAUGAUCCAGUGGACAAGGGAAGGAAAACUGUGGCAGUAUCCCAUUAACAACGAAGCAGGAAUGGAGGAGGAAGCCAAGGUGCCAUUUCACGAGCACGUCUUCCUGCAGCGCCACCUGGAGGACGGUUUUCUUCAGCAUGGCCCGGUCAGACACUUCAUGGAACUGGUGGUCACUGGACUGUCCAAGAACCACCACCUCACGGUCAGUCAGAAACAGGAGCACAUUGCUUGGUUUCGAGACUACUUCCUGCAGAAACAGGAAAUCCUCAGCGAGGCCGAGGCCUGACCUGUCCAGAUGAGGACUAAACCAAACUAAAGUCAGAAACGGACAGCCGCAGCUUCCUGCUGCUCUCACGCCUACACAUGCAGCUUCUCCACACUGACCUGGAGUCUGUAUACUUCCAUUACCUGCUAGCUACAUUAGCCUCGUAGCUACCGCACCAAUCUAAAGAGGGAAACAUUGAGGGAAGUGGUGGUGGACAGUUUACUGAGCGGUCAGUAUUGUGUGUGUGUGUAAUGAUCACUGGAGGUGUUUAGUCCGAGCUCUAAUACACUCGGCUCAUCGGGAGGUUGUUAUUAACACAUGGGUUCUGACCAGUGGGGUGUUAUUCCCGCUCAUGUUCAGUGUUUCUGGUGUAGCUCUGACUCCAUUUCCUGCUGGAUGAAUAUUAAAGGCUUCAUAUGAUGACACAAAA